CAGAAGAGCACAGACAGCCACUCAUCAAAGAUGCGAAGUACCACCCCAAAGAGCUCACGAAGAUCCACUAUCAUCACAAGCUACACUAACAAGAUCAACACCAAAAACAGGAAAAUCGAGAGAAUGGAUCACACAGGAUCAUAACUCAAGUAGCAGCGAAUUCCAAUCGAAAGAAAGCGAGGAGCGUGGCUUACCCCAUGGCGGCUCUCGUCCUCCUCGCCAUCCUUGUCCUAGCGAUGGCUCACGAAGGAAAUUCCAUCUCCCUGGAGGAGGAGAUGGCGAUCUUGCUCCGCUUCAAGCGAUCUCUCCUCCUAGCAAACCCUAGCGCGCUCCAGAGCUGGAAACCCGACGAUCGAAGCCCUUGCGAGUGGCAAGGAGUCAGCUGCGUGGCCAAGCACGUAAUCUCGAUCGAUCUCUCCAACCAGCGCCUCACGGGCCCAAUCCCCGAUGCCAUCGGCCUCCUCGCGGACCUGGAAUCCCUGAUCUUGGCUGCCAACUCCCUCAACGGCAGCAUCCCGGACGCGAUCGGCAACCUCGGCGGGCUAAGAACCCUAAAUAUCUCCAACAAUUCCCUCUCGGGCUCUCUUCCAAGAAUCCUCUCGCCCGGCAUCCAGUUCCUCAACAUCUCCUCCAACAAUCUCACCGGCGCAAUCCCCCCGGAGCUCUUCUCGCAAUGCCAGGCGCUGGAGCGCCUGGAUCUCUCCGGCAACCAGUUCCACGGAUCCAUCCCUAGCUCCCUGGGCGGCUGCGCGGCAUUGGAGGUCUUGAGCCUGGAGAACACCAAUCUCGUCGGCGAGAUCCCUCCAGAGCUCGCCAGCGGCAGCCUCGCAUCCCUCACGGACCUCAACCUCGCCAACAAUCACCUGGUCGGAUCCAUCCCCGGCGGCCUCUUCGUCCCCAGCCUCCGCAACAUCGAUCUCUCCCUCAACAAUCUCACCGGCGAGAUCCCGCGGGAGAUAUUCCGCAGCGCCGAUCUCGAGAACCUCUUCCUCUCGCAGAACCACUUCACGCGCAUCCCCCCGGAAAUAGGGCUGUUGCGCUCACUGCGCUUCCUCGUUCUCGGCAGGAACAACAUCACCGAGCUCCCGGCAUCCAUCGCCAACUGCAGCGAGCUUAGGGUUUUGAUCCUCAACGAGAACCUCCUCGCGGGGGAGAUCCCGGCCGUCAUCGCCAAGCUCGCCAAGCUCCAGUUCCUGGUCCUCCACACCAAUGGCUUCACCGGCGGGAUUCCGGAGUGGAUCGCCACGAGCCAUCGCCAGCUCCUCCACCUGGAUCUCAGCGACAACCGCAUCACCGGGGUCAUCCCCAGCGGAUUCAACGCCACCAGCUUGGCGAAGCUCCAGUUCUUGCUCCUGGCCGGGAAUCGCCUCACGGGAUCCAUCCCGCCGAGCCUGGGCGAGAUCUCGCAGCUCCAGUUCCUGGAUCUCUCCGGGAAUCGCCUCACGGGCUCCAUCCCGCCAUCGCUAGGGAAGCUGGGGCGAUUGCUGUGGCUCAUGCUCGCCAACAACAUGCUCUCCGGGACGAUCCCUCGCGAGCUGGGCAAUUGCUCCAGCCUCCUUUGGCUCAAUGCUGCCAAGAACUCCAUCGGCGGCGAGCUCCCGCCCGAGCUGGAAUCCAUGGGCAAGGCCGCCAAGGCGACCUUCGAUGACAACAUCGCGAAUCUCCCCCAGGUCCCCAAGGAGAUCGGCGAGUGCGCUGUUCUUCGCCGCUGGCUGCCCAGCAACUAUCCCCCAUUCAGCCUCGUCUACAAGGUCCUGGAUCGCGAUCGCUGCCAGCUCUUCUGGAACCUCCUCCUGCGCGGCAAGUUCAUCUACUCGGUGUGCUCCACCAUCCCCACCGAGAAAUCCAUGGGCUACAUCCAGCUCUCGGAGAACCGCCUCUCGGGCAGCAUCCCGGCGAGCUAUGGCGGCAUCGAUCGGCUGAGCCUCCUCUUCCUCUACCAGAACCGAUUGAGCGGCGCCAUCCCGGGAUCGCUCAGCAACCUCAAGCUCACGGGCUUGAAUCUCUCGCACAACGCGCUCGAGGGCGCCAUCCCGGACAGCUUCGGCCAGUUCCAGUGCCUCCAGAGCCUCGAUCUGUCCAGCAACCGGCUGAGCGGCCAGAUCCCCUACUCGCUCACGCGCCUCACCUCGCUCAACAAAUUCAAUGUCUCCUACAACCCCGGCCUCGCGGGGCCGAUCCCCUUCGCCGGGCAGCUCGCCACGUUCGAUCAAGACUCCUUCAUCGGUGAUUCCCAGCUGUGCUACGUCCCAGCGCUCACCGGCACCAGCGAUCCCAGCACCGCCAUCCCCUUCUGCGACGGAUCUCCCAGGAACCCUAGCUCGUCGUCCUCGCGCGGCGUCCCCGCGCCAAUGCACGCCUCCACCAUCCUGGGCAUCAGCCUGGCGUGCGCGCUGGGCGUGAUCGCCAUGGGCCUGGCGGCGAUCUGCUGGAUGACCCGGAGAGGCAGCGGCGGCGGCGGCGGAGGAGAAGGAGGAGGCGGAGGAUCGGCGGCGCUCGAUUCGCAGGGCUUCAAGAUGAUGAAAUCCUCGUCGGCGCGCUUCGAUCACUCGGCCGCCAUGGACGCCGUGUCGCUCUUCACCAUGGAUCUCCCCAAGCAGCUCACGUACAAGGAUCUGGUGGCGGCCACGGGCAACUUCCACGACUCCAACAUCGUGGGGUGUGGCGGCUUUGGCGUGGUGUACAAGGCCCGGCUUUCCGACGGAUCGACGGUGGCGAUCAAGAAGCUCAUCCGGGAAGGGCCAGCCGGCGAGCGGGAAUUCCAGGCCGAAAUGCACACCCUGGGCCACAUCGUCCACGAGAAUCUCGUCCCGCUCAUGGGAUAUUCCUCGUACGGCGCGCAGAAGCUGCUCGUGUACGAGCUCAUGGUCAACGGCAGCGUGGAGGACUGGCUGUACGGCUGCCGCCGCCACGCUGGCGGCGCGGGCGGCCUCGAUUGGCUGGCCCGGCUCGACGUGGCGAUUGGUACGGCACGGGGUCUCAAGUUCUUGCACCACAGCUGCUCCCCGCCAAUCAUCCACCGCGACAUGAAGGCCAGUAAUAUCCUAUUGGAUGCGGGGUUCCGGCCAUGUGUCACGGACUUUGGCCUGGCCAGGGCUCUGGCCGGGCAGGAGGAGACCCACGUCAGCACCAUCGUGGCCGGGACACUGGGGUAUGUCCCGCCAGAGUACUGCCAGACGUGGCGGGCUACUGUCAAGGGCGACGUGUAUAGCUACGGCGUCGUCCUCCUGGAGCUCUUGUCCGGGCGGAGGCCAAUGCUCGACGCUGGGAACUAUAUCAUGGCCGGGGAGGACAGUGGUCGCGAUCUUCAUCACAAUGUGGAGGAGUUUGAGGAUCAGUGUUACAGCAACUUGGUGGAGUGGGCGGUGGAGUGUUACCGGCGGGAUCGGCUGUCGCGGCUGCUUGAUCCGCUCGUGGCCAGGACGGCGGGGUCUCACGAUGGUCUCGCCAAGUUCUUGAGGCUGGCGCUGGAUUGCACGCAAGACGUUCCAGUGAGGAGGCCGUGCAUGAGAGAUGUGUGCCAGAGGCUCGAGGAUAUCAAAGAGGGAGGAAGGGUUUGAUCUCCAUCCAGAUUCCAAAGCCGUUGAUCACUCGCAGAGUUGUACAUGGUUUUCGAAUUCGCGGAGAAAAGAGUAGUUUCUUUUCCCUCUCUUUUUUUCGAAAUAACCGGCAGAGAGGAUUGAUCAACUGGACAGAGAUUAGAGAAUUCAUGCGGGAUAUCACAACAAUCAGUGUGUUGAGUCACAAACGACUCUAUGAGAGUCUGGAUUCGAGAUCUUGGCGAUCUUCGUGGUGUUGGUGGUGGAGCGCGUCCUCCAUUCUCAUAAUCUCGAGCAGGCUGUUGCUCGAGAGAGGGAUCCCGGGAAGCUGGUGGAGCUGCUCCUCGUCAUACGCGAGCUCGUGGCAGAUUUGGAUGUUUUCCUCGUCGGCGGUGGAGGUGGCUGCCUGAUCGCGAUCGAAUUCGUGCGGCUGCGGUGAUGGAGUCGUGGCGGCAGGCGUGGGCUGCUCACGAAAUUGCUCGUCGCAGAUCUUCGCAAUUGCCAACUGAAGAAAAACAAUAAAACAGAGCUUGUGUCGAGAGAAACAUCGUG